UCGACGUUUAGCACUCAGUAGUUAUAGACGGAUUGUAAACAAUGCUGCUUGGCGUGAAACGGAGCAGACAACUGCUGUGUCACCGGCGCUGCCUCUUGCAGUGCCGCAAGAUUAAAUCAGAAAACGCCGCCAGAGGUGCUGCUCUGGACAGUGUCCUCUCUGCGUUCAGGUCUAUAUGUGGUGAGGACGGCGUCUCACUGGGCGAAGCUGUCAGAGAGCAGCAUGGCCGAGAUGAGUCUGUACACAGAUGCCGUCCCCCAGAUGUGGUGCUGUUCCCUCGUUGUGUGGAGGAGGUCAGCGCCCUGGCUAAGGUCUGCCACAGCCACCACCUUCCCAUCAUCCCCUUUGGCACUGGAACUGGUCUGGAAGGAGGGGUCAGCGCAGUGAAGGGAGGUGUGUGCUUCAGCCUGAGGAAGAUGGACCAGGUUCUGGAUCUCCACCAGGAGGACUUUGACGUGACGGUGGAGCCUGGUGUGACUCGGAAGUCCCUCAACGCCUACCUGCGAGACACCGGCCUGUGGUUUCCUGUUGACCCCGGAGCCGACGCCUCUCUGUGCGGCAUGGCCGCCACCAGUGCGUCGGGCACCAACGCAGUGCGUUACGGAACUAUGAGGGAAAACGUUUUAAACCUGGAGGUGGUGCUGGCGGAUGGGACCGUCAUACACACGGCUGGGAAGGGCCGACGUCCCAGGAAGACGUCGGCGGGCUACAACCUGACAAACCUGUUUGUGGGGUCAGAGGGCACCCUGGGGGUCAUCACCAAGACUACCUUGCGCCUGUACGGCAUCCCAGAGGCCAUGGUGUCGGCCGUCUGCUCUUUUCCCUCAGUCCAGGCUGCUGUGGACAGCACGGUGCAGAUCCUACAAGCGGGAGUACCCAUCGCUCGCAUCGAGUUUCUGGAUGAUGUGAUGAUUGAUGCGUGCAACAGGUUCAGCUCUCUGUCCUACCCGGUGACUCCGACUCUGUUCCUGGAGUUCCACGGCUCUGAGCGAAGCCUCGAGGAGCAGGUCAACAUAACCGAGGACAUCACUCAGAGUAACGGUGGCUCGGAUUUUCAGUGGGCUCGAGAUGCACAAACGAGGGAGCGGCUGUGGAAAGCUCGCCAUGACGCCUGGUACGCUGCGCAAGCUCUCAGACCCGGCUGCAAGGCCUAUGCUACAGAUGUGUGUGUCCCUCUCUCUCGACUGCCUCAGAUAGUAGUGGAGACAAAGGAGGACCUGAUUGAGAACGGGCUUACAGGUCCCAUAGCGGGUCACGUGGGUGAUGGUAACUUCCACUGUCUGAUGGUGUUGGACCCCAGUGACCCGGAGGAGCUGCACAGGGUCCAGCUGUUCGCUGAGAGACUGGCCAGGCGAGCCCUGGCCAUGGACGGUACAUGCACAGGGGAGCACGGGGUGGGCUUAGGGAAGAGAGUGCUGCUGCGUGAGGAGGUGGGACACAUGGCUAUCCAGGUCAUGCAGGACCUCAAGGAUGCCCUCGACCCAAAGAACCUGAUGAAUCCUGGGAAAAUUCUGCAGCCUAGAGAACUCUAAACAGUAUUUCAGUGAGAGGAGCAGUCACUCAACACAGUGACUGAUCUGCUCGCUGUUCACGGCUUGUUCAGAGACUGAUGUUUAGAUCGUAUUGCACAUGGAUGUGUUCCCUGUCAGAACAGGGCUUCUGGGUGAGACACAACAGGCAGAGACCACCCAGAAGUGAAAACUAAUAGGAUAUCAAUAGGAAGAAAGUCAAGAAUGUUUCCAUUUUUUUGUUUCCAUUUUGAAUGGAUUGUCGAGGCAGCCCAUUACUGGCCUCAUCGCUAUGGGGAUCGGCUGUUUAAUGCAAACAUUGCACUUUGCCUGACUGAGUACAGAGCCUUUUCCUUUAACUACCAAUUACUAUCACAAAAUAACCAAUCAGUAACCAAAGGCUUUGCCAAUGACUGAUUCUGCACUUUUUUAUGAAAAAUUUUGUUCUGGAAAUUGAAUAUUGUGUUAGAUGGAAUCUGUUUUUAUUUCUUCACUGUAUUUCUGCAUAUCUUGAUUAUUAAGAAAUCAUGUAAAUCUUUGGCUUAUUUGCUGCUUUUUCCUGAUUUAUAUGAUUGUAAAUUAAAUAUUAUGGGGGUUUGGACGAAUAGAAAAGCAGUGUGAAGACUUUUUUGACAUUAAAACAAUAGGUUAAUUAAAAAUAAAAGACAAUCAUUAGUUGCUGCCUUGGUAUGUAAAUGUAGCUUUGUUUGGCACAUCAUAGCGAUCACAGAUGGGUAAAGCUGCCUGACUGCCAAAGAAGUGCACAAAACAACAGCAGCCACAAUAUACAACUACGUGACACAUGUGACACAAUCCGCAUGACAACUUGCCAUCAUCAGAUGUUUAAGAUGUAACAGGAUGCCAUACAGUUUAUAAAGGAGUGUAGCAGCUGUCAUCAGAGGUUAGCUGCGGUACAGCAUGUGGAGUUUGCUACCUCCAUGUGUCAGCGAAACACAGAAAAUAAAGAAUAUUACAGGAUGGUAGUGAGACAUCACUGCUUUUUCUUACUAAACUAAACUAAACUUCUUGCGGGUGAUUUGGCUCUUUCCAAUGGGGGCACUCAAAUACGCUGCCAGU